GAGAGGCUCAGCCUGAGUCAUGCACACAGACACAAACGUCAAGUGGCCACAUCCUUUCUCUGUAGAGGCAGGACAAGUCCCUGCCCACACAGUCCAGGCUGGCAAAGUUCUCAGGCUUCCACUUGCUGCUCACACAUGGAGCCGAGGGGAAUCUGCCCAGUGACUUUGUAUGCUUAACAACAUCCCAUAGCCGCUGGGUCUCAGGACAUGAAGAUGAAAGUCCUUAUGUUGAUUGCGGCUAGGCUGCUGUUUCUGCCAGCCACUGUUUGCCAAAGUGGCAUGAAAAAUGUUUCAGACAACUCUGCAAAGUCCAUCUUAACUAUUAAGAGUUUUAAUGGCGGUCCCCAAGAUGCCUUUGAAGAAUUUCCACUUUCUGACAUAGAAGGCUGGACAGGAGCCACCACAACUAUAAAAGCGAACUGCCCUGAAGAAAGUACUUCAGCUCUCUAUGUGAAUAAUGCUACUAUGGGAUACCUGAGAGGUUCCUUAAGUACCAAAGUGAUACCUGCUAUCUACAUCCUGGUGUUUGCAGUUGGCGUACCAGCAAACAUCGUGGCCCUGUGGAAACUCUCCUCAAGGACCAAAUCCAUCUGUCUGGUCAUCUUUCACACCAACCUGGCCAUCGCAGAUCUCCUUUUCUGUGUCACACUGCCAUUUAAGAUCGCCUACCAUCUCAAUGGGAACAACUGGGUAUUUGGUGAGGUCAUGUGCCGGAUCACCACAGUCGUUUUCUACGGCAACAUGUACUGUGCUAUCCUGAUCCUCACCUGCAUGGGCAUCAACCGCUAUCUGGCCACAGUCCACCCUUUCACAUACCGGAAGCUGCCCAAACGCAGCUUCACUUUGCUCAUGUGUGGCGUGGUGUGGCUCAUGGUUUUCUUAUAUAUGCUGCCGUUUGCCAUCCUGAAGCAGGAGUACCAUCUUGUUGAGCCAGAGAUCACCACCUGCCAUGAUGUCAUCAACACAUGCGAGUCCCCAUCACCCUUCCGAUUCUACUACUUCGUCUCCUUGGCAUUCUUUGGGUUCCUCAUCCCGUUUGUGAUCAUCAUCUUCUGUUACACAACUCUCAUCCGCAAACUUAACUCACAGGAUCGUAAAUGGCUGAAGUACAUCAAGGCGGUCCUCCUCAUCCUUGUGAUUUUCACAAUUUGCUUUGCCCCCACCAACAUCAUACUCAUAAUCCACCAUGCUAACUACUACUACAGCAACACCGAUAGCUUGUACUUUAUGUAUCUCAUAGCUCUGUGCCUGGGGAGCCUGAAUAGCUGCCUAGAUCCAUUCCUUUAUUUUGUCAUGUCAAAAAUUGUAGAUCAGCUUACUUCUUAGUCAGCAAUGGCAAGAUCAAGAGAACAAGGAAAGAUAUUUGUGAAAAUGUACAUGCUUGGGCUGAUUCGUGCAUGGCACCCAACAGCUCAAUUUUUAAUUUUUAAAUUUCAAUUUAAUUUAAUUUUAUGUUUUUGAGAUAGAGUCUCACUGUAGUCCUGGCUGGCCUGGAAUUCUCUAUUUAGACCAGAUUGGCCUUGAACUCAGAGAGAUCUGCCUGCUUCUGCCUCCCAAGCACUGGGAGGGGGGUGUGUCAACCAGGCCUGACAGCAACUCCCUUUUUAAGCUACUAUGAAAUAGUGCUUCACACAUCAAAUGUAAAGUUAUGAGGAUUAAAAUAAUACUUUGUAUUUUGAGAAUGUCUUAGUUGUAAGCAAAAUUUCAUUAUUCCUAUGGCAAUGGACACAUUUCUAUUUGCCUUCCUGAUUCUCCCAAGCUAUACUUUCUCCUUCCCUCCUGUGAGUGGCAUUGCAGCCUGGGAGGUUAUCAUUACCCAUGGUUCUCCUUUCUCCUCAAGUGGGUGUCCUGUCUUCAUUCCACCUCUGUCCUAAAGUGGCUGCUCUCAUGGCCAGCUGAGCCUAAUUUCCACAGAUCCAGUUAACCUUCCUUAAAUAGUUUUCUGAACUCAUCAUGCACACACUUCCUUUGACCCUGCACUACUCCUGAAAUGGCAAACCCUUGGAUGGUUUUCAUUGCCAACUCCCUACCAUGACCUGUGGAGCCAUGCCUGCCAUUACACAUCCUUCACACCAACUGUCUUCCCUCCCAGUCCCUCCCUGCCCCCCCCCACCGAAACCCUUCUCGCAUCUUUGCUUUAAUCUGUCCAGCUUUUCAAGUCAUUAAAGGCUCAUUCAUCCCUUACUCUCAAACUAGAAGCGUCAUUUUCUUCAUCUGGAUUUCUAAAGCACUUUUUUAUAAUUAUGGCACUUCUAGAAAAACAAGCCUGCUAAGCUCAUUUGCCUAUAAAUAUUACUUCCAUUAAGUAUACACUCACUGUAAUUAAGUUCUCUAUGUGGUCAGCUCUCUCUGUACCUGCAAGUUUCACAUCAGUAGACUCAACCAACCACGAACCAAAAACACUUGAAAAAAAAUUGUAUGAACUGGGCACGAACAGAAUUUUUCCUUUUCAUUACUCCCUAAAUAAUACUGAAAAUAGAUAAUAAUAAAUGAUACUCUUUGUACAGUAUUCACACUGUAUUAAGUAUUUCUAAGUCAUCCAGACAUGAAGUGAAGUGUACGGGGGACGAUGCAGAGGUUGCAGCCACUGCUAUAGGGAUUUGGAAUCUGUGGAGUUUAGUGUCUGCAGGGGUCCUGCAAGCUACCUGGGAGGAAUGAUGGAGAGGUGGUCUUUGUCCUCCCUCCUUUGAGGUUCUUGUGGUCAUUCCAAGGCCCUGUUCUGUGGGGCCAGCUGUACUCUUUGUGUAGCAUGUGGCUGGAUCAAGAAUAAAAUCCCAAAACAUCUAAACAACA